AUACAGAACAAAAAAGACCUCACUGUUCUUUUGAUAUCACGACAAUAUGGAAAGAGACAAAUUACGGAUGGAAAAAGUUGUCUUUGUUUUUUAAUGGGGUAUUCAUGGUCUAUAGAAGAGUUCACACUAAUCUUUAAACCGGAAGUAUAAAACACGGAAAAAAAUUCUUUUUGGAUAUUCAAAUGAGAUCCAAAGUAUGGUUUCAUAUCCGCUUAACUACACCACCUUAGUCCGGUCAAAUUGUUUCGAGCAUAUAAAAUACUAUUUCCACUAAAUGUUUUGCCUGCGUUUCUUACUUUUAAUUCUCUUAUGAUUAAGAAUUUUCUUUUUUUGGAUAAUAAUCAAUAUAUAUAUAUAUAUAUAUAUAUUAUCCUUUUUCUUUAUAAAUUUUUUUUUUGUGCUUAAUAUAUACUCCAUUUGUUUCAAAUAGUUGAUGUUUUAGAUGAAUGCACAAGAAUUAAGACAUACACAUUCUCCUAAAAAGUAACACACUAAAAAUAUAAAAUAAAUCUAAUCCAACCAAUCAUCAAAAAUACUAUAAAACAUCAUUGGUCACACAGUUUUCAAUGAACUUUAAACUAAUUAAAAAAUAUAAAACAUCAUAUAUUUUGAAACAUCAAUAACUCUUCAACAUAUCAUCUAUUAUGAAAUUGAGGGAGUAUAUACUAAGUGUUUGCAUGUAUAUACAUGCAUAAUCAUCUCAAAGUUGCUUAUUAAUAUAUAUAUGUACCAAUUAAAAACUAUCAUGAUAAAUUAUUUUUUAUUCUCUACAAGGUUUAAACCGAAUAUCAAAUUAUUUAUAUAUAACGAAAAAUUAAUAAGCUCGUUAUCGCCUUAAACUGAAUACCAUCUAGACCAAAGCACAAGUUACAACAUAUCUUUCACGGUACUUUAAUUUGGUGGUAAGGGUAAAGAAAAGUUAUGGUUUCACAAAGCUAGUAUAAAUACAAGUACUAGUAGCAGUAAACAUAGUUGUAAUUGCCUCUAGUCUACUCUUCUCUUCUCUCUCCCUCUUUGUAGUUUCUGGAAUAUUUUCUUCUGAGUAUGCUGUAUGCACAAGCUCAUUAUUCAUUUUCUAUAACCUCUGAAAAUAGAAUCAUACAGUAACAUUUAUCUUAAAGAGUUUCAGUUUGGUGCACACAAAGCUCAUACAACAUUCUUCAUGGCUCUUCGCUGCUUAUCUCAAUCUUCAACAACUUUGUUCUAUCUCUCUAACAUCUGUGGAUUUCGUAUGCAUGGGACUAAGGCAGCAGUUUCUGUUGUAGAAGAACAUGUCUCGAAGAUGGUGGGGACAGGACGUGAGGAUGAAGAGUAUGCUGAUGUGGAUUGGGACAACCUCGGAUUCAGUCUUGUACGGACAGAUUACAUGUUCGCCACCAGAAGUUGCAGAGAAGGAAACUUCGAACAAGGUUGCCUUAGCCGUUACGGCAACAUCGAGCUCAACCCUGCUGCUGGAAUUCUCAACUACGGCCAGGGAUUAAUCGAGGGGAUGAAAGCUUACAGAGGAGAAGAUGGUAGGGUUCUUCUAUUUCGUCCAGAGUUAAAUGCCGUGCGUAUGAAGAAAGGAGCAGAGAGAAUGUGUAUGCAUUCUCCUUCUGUUCAACAGUUUAUUGAAGGUGUUAAGCAAACCGUUCUUGCAAACAGACGCUGGGUUCCUCCUCCUGGAAAAGGCUCCUUGUAUCUCAGACCAUUGUUGUUUGGAAGUGGAGCAAGCUUGGGUUUGUCUGCAGCAUCAGAGUUUACGUUUCUUGUGUUUGGUUCUCCUGUUCAAAACUAUUUUAAAGAAGGUACAUCAGCACUGAAUCUCUACGUUGAGGAGGUGAUUCCACGCGCGUAUCUUGGAGGAAGUGGUGGCGUUAAGUCCAUUUCUAAUUACGGUCCAGUGCUUGAAGUCAUGAGAAGAGCGAAAGCGAGAGGGUUUUCGGAUGUUUUGUAUCUGGAUGCAGAAACUAAGAAGAAUAUGGAGGAAGUUUCUGCUUCUAAUAUAUUCCUUGUGAAGGGGAAUACAAUAGUGACUCCAGCUACAAACGGGACGAUUCUCGGAGGGAUCACACGAAAGAGCGUAAUCGAAAUUGCUAUUGAUCUUGGUUACAAGGUGGAAGAACGAGUAGUUCCGGUAGAAGAACUGAAGGAAGCAGAAGAAGUUUUCUGCACUGGAACUGCCACCGGAGUUGCUUCUGUUGGGAGCAUCACGUUUCAGAACACCAGGACUGAGUACAAAGUUGGAGAUGGGCUUGUAACGCAGCAACUUCGAUCUAUUCUUGUCGGAAUACAAACUGGUUCUAUCCAAGACACUAAGAAUUGGGUGUUGGAGAUAGAUUAAUUUCAGAGAAAAAUAAAUCAAUUGUUAUGUUGCACUCUUUGAUGUAUCAAAAGAUUUGGAACUCUCGAAAUGGGCGUUGUCACA